GUUUCUUUCCUCAGAGAGAAGAUUAAUGAGAAUAAAGGGUUUGUCUCAGGAAGUGACAUCCAAAGAUAUCCUGCAUACACUUUCUCAAGCUAAGAAAGAAAGUUGGGACAGGUUUCUGCAGGAGAAGUCUGAAUCUGACUUUUAUAUGGAGGGAACAGAUUCUGAUGAGAGUACUUUGGAAUACUUGAAACGUUGGCUACAACCAGAGAAGGUGGCGGUCAGCAGUGAGGAGAUACAGUUUCUCAUCCCCCUCGGAGCGCCUCCUGAGAAGCAAGAGGCUGAAGAAGAAGAAGAAGAACCUACGCCUGUAGAACAGUGAAUGACCUUGGACCUUGUCUCCAGCACAGUUGGCUGUUGGCACUUUGGGUCAAAAUGCCAAAAAGAAGGAUAGAGUUUGAUAGACCUUGUGGAUUUUUCUCUCCACCAAAGUUUAUAAUGUACAGAUUCUGGUUUAAACGUCUUAUAAUGUUGCAGAUUUAACUUAAUUGUGCGUAAUUUGUUAAGAUGAUGAUGAAGCGUGGUAGAAUAACUUAAUUUGGCAAACAGAUUUAAAUCCUCUUCCCUCAAAUGCAGAGAAGAUUUUGCACUUAAAUGAUCAUCUAUGGAAAAAAAACCUUAGCAAUACUUUCCUUGCAGAAUAUAAUUGCCUCAUUCACAACUCCCCUGAUUUACCCACGGGUAUCUUUUUCACAACUUGGGAAAAAAUCCUGAAGACCUGUACCCUUUUCCCCUGGGAAGUAAAAAAUGUCUACCACCAUUCAGCUGAGCUGAGCUAAAGCUGAGCCAAGCCAUGCAAUUCCAUCCUUCAGUGGGAUAAGCACUUCCUUAGCAAAAACGCAAUAAAUGCUCGGUGGGAAAAAAAUGUCCUACUUGGUGUAGCUUUGUUCUGUUGCGGCUAUUUUUUUUUUAUUAUUCAUUUCAUCAAAGGAUUUGAUGUUAUCAUCUUUUCAAAUAUUUUUUUGGGGGGGUGUUGGGCUAAUAAUUAUCUAUUCGUGUUUUUCUUCCUCUUAUUUCUUUUGCUGCAAAAAGUAAAAGAAAAUGCAUAAUGAAGGAAAAAAAACCAGAGCUGUCAGUUGAAUGAAGAAGGCAAAGUUUGAUAUGAGGGCAGAACAGAAAUGUGAGUUUUUAGAGUAACCCUCCCAACAAGCCCCUAUUUCACUUUAUUUGGGCGGGGGAAGAUUGGUAGGAAGUAAUUCUCCCAUUCAAUGCUAUAGCGUAGCUUUGGUCUUUCUAUCUCCCCCAUUUUUAUCACCAAGCCUUUAUAGUUUCUGCGUCCAAUACUUUUUAUCAUGGUUUGCUGUCUAUUAUAGGCUGUUUUGAAUAUUUUUUUUAAAUUUGCUUUUUCUUUUCUAUUUCCAUGGAAAUUAUUUUUAACAGCUGCAUAUGGAAAUAAUUGAAGAAAGGAACUAUCUGAAUUUCAUUAUUUACCAUAACUUUAUUGGCAAAGUUAUGUAGUCAAAUUUGAGAGGCUACAUACCACCUUAAUGGGUCUGAGAAAGGAGAAAAACAACUCAUUUUUUUU